AGGCAUUCUUCCCACCUCCCCGGCGGCCGCACCGCCUCUCGGCCCUCCUCUCGGCGGACGCGGGGUUGUCCCUACGACGAGUAGGAGGUGGCGCCGCGGCAGCUGCCUUCGCCGCCCGGCCCCUCGUCCCAGCUUGGGCCUCCUCCUCCUCCUCUUCCCCCGUCCUCCUGCCUGAGGAAAGCGCCGUGACGACGGCGGGAGGCUUCGGGUCGGGCCGCGCGGGGCUGAGGCUGGAAAUGGCGGCCGGGACGAGCUAAGGUCAGGGGGACGGGAACCAGAGCCAAGUAGUCGCGGGUGCUUGCUUGUUGCCGGAGGGUCGCCAUGAGGCUGCUCCGGGCGCUGCUGAGGAGCGUCUCCCCCGCCACCAUCCCACAGCAGGUGGAUUUCUAUUGCCGCUUCUCCCCGUCCCCCCUUUCCAUGAAACAGUUCCUCGACUUCGGAUCUGACAAUGCUUGUGAGAAAACUUCGUUUAUGUUUCUAAGGCAAGAGCUGCCUGUACGAUUGGCAAAUAUAAUGAAAGAAAUAAGCCUGCUUCCAGACAAUCUUCUCAAAACACCUUCAGUUCAGCUUGUUCAGAGCUGGUAUGUCCAAAGUCUUCAGGAGAUCCUCGAUUUUAAAGAUAAAAGUGCCGAAGAUUUAGAAACUGUUUCUUGUUUUACAGAUACUGUGAUAACGAUCCGAAAUCGCCACAAUGAUGUCAUUCCUACCAUGGCUCAGGGCAUAAUAGAAUAUAAGGAUCAUUACGGAGUCGAUCCAGUGACCAGUCAGAACGUGCAGUAUUUCUUAGAUCGCUUUUUCAUGAGUCGCAUUUCAAUUAGAAUGCUGCUUAAUCAACACACUUUGUUGUUUGGAGGGAAAGUCAAAGUUAACCCAGCUCAUCCGAAACACAUUGGAAGCAUUGAUCCAAAGUGCAAUGUUGUUGAAGUUAUAAAAGAUGGCUAUGAAAAUGCAAAGAGACUCUGUGACUUAUAUUACAUGAGCUGUCCAGAGCUUGUACUUGAAGAACAGAAUGUAAAAUUACCAGAGCAACCCAUGCAGGUGGUGUAUGUACCAUCACACCUCUACUACAUGGUUUUUGAACUUUUUAAGAAUGCAAUGAGGGCGACCAUGGAACACCAUGCUGAUAGAGGGAUUUACCCUCCAAUUCACGUUCACGUCACAUUAGGCAAUGAGGAUUUAACAGUGAAGAUGUGUGAUCGCGGUGGUGGCGUUCCUUUGAGGAAAAUAGAUCGCCUGUUUAAUUAUAUGUAUUCAACUGCACCACGUCCUCGUGUUGAGACGUCACGAGCUACACCUCUGGCUGGAUUUGGUUAUGGCUUACCUAUCUCACGUCUUUAUGCUCAGUACUUCCAAGGAGAUCUGAAGCUGUAUUCUUUAGAGGGUUAUGGGACAGAUGCUGUUAUCUUCAUCAAGGCUUUAUCAACAGAAUCUAUUGAAAGGCUGCCAGUGUAUAACAAAUCAGCUUGGAGACAUUACACAGCAAAUCAUGAAGCAGAUGACUGGUGUGUCCCAAGCAGUGAACCAAAGGACAUGACUACAUUCCGCAGUAUAUAGCGCUAUGGAAGAGAUCGGAGCACGCUGAAGAUACUGCACCACCAGGCUGUGGCAGGGCUUUGUACUCCAGGAGAGUUCUAAUAUUUUGUUUUAGGGAAGGUAAGACAUCUGCUCAACAAGAACCAGAAUAACAUGGUUUUUCUAUAGUAUUGUGCAUACUCAUUUGCUUCAGUCUUUAUUUUAAGCUGUUUCAGCCAAUCUAUCUGGGGUACAAAUUCUAGUUUGAGAUGUACAGAUUUGUAGAAGACUUGCUCAUGCAUUAUCGUACUAAACAUCCUAAUGAAGUAUUCAGGGGCAUAGUUUUAUUUAAAAUAUUACCGCUUUAUUAACCCCUCUCUGGCAGUGCUCCAAAAGUGGCAUACAACGUGGCAGAUGACACAUAAAAAAAUAAUCAUGUGUUUUAUUUUUAAAUGUUCCUUGGAAUCACACUGUUCUGUGGUUUUAGUUCUAGAUACCAACCAUUGUUAAACAAGUUUUUUAGAUUCCAGUACACAAUUUGUGUUUGAUCCAGAUUAAAGUACUUGAGUCCUCUUUAAUUUCAGUCGGGUAAUUAAACUAUAUUUAAAUCUCACUAAGAUUGCUGAAUUUGGGGGGAAAACCUACUUAACUUUGGCUGGAUCAGAUACUGUACUCUGCUUUCAAUGAACAUUUCAAAUCUGCCAACUGGUAAAAAAAAGUCUUUGGUUUUGGUUUUAUAUUGGCACAUGCUUAGAACAGGCAGCCAUUUUGUAUUUAGAGUUGUGUCUGUCACCCUGCUGGGUACCAUCUUACUUCAGGCGCAGAUUAUUUCAGUUGAAGUUAAGCAGGCCAGGCCUUUUAACUCACCUGUGGAAGUUAAAGGAAUUUAUUUAACAGUCUUAGAUUUCUGAACUGUGGCACCACUUUUAAUAAAUAAAACCCCUUGAAGCCCAAACCUGAAAUCUCCAUGUGCUAGUUUUGUCUGGUACACAAAGCUAGAAACCUGUGCCUUCAUUGCAUGUCUGUAGCUGCACUGCCAGCAUAGUCGCAGGUGUUUGUGGAGAUACGCUGUACAGCAGCUGAUGGUUUAGGUGCAGACUAGCUGUUUCUACAGACAUUAGGAUUGCCACGCACCAAGUUUCCCACAUCCCCACUCACAGCAGCCUGAAAUACCAAAUUCUGUUCUGGGCAGGGAACAGAGACAGGAGUUUGGACGGCUGUUGGGGCUGCUGCGGGAGGCAGGAAAAUGGCACUCCAUGCAGUAUGGAUCCAACUUGAUGUGUGUGUAUAUGUAUGUGUGUAUAUAUGUUUCAUAACAUAUGUUUCAUAACUUUCCAGGCUGAGAUUCACCUAACCACAGCUUGCUCUUAUAGCAAUCUUUAGGAACAGAAAGAUUGAGACAGUUCAGCUGCUGUGUCUACUGGAAUUUUCGUGUCGAAUUGCUUUGGAAAUACUUCCUUAGACAUUAUAGCAUUUCUCUGUCAAAACAUUUGGAUACCCUAUUUUUGUUUUAAAAGGCAUUACUGAAAUGAUUUUUUUAUUUAAAUUUAUCAGUUCUCAAGUGCAUAGUGUAGUUCCCUCCCCAGAGCUAUUGUUUCAGAACUUUCCAGGCUGCUACUUAUCUGUGAAUAAUAUUGAUGUGUUCUUGACCAAUAACUCAGUUAAGCCAAAGUGGUAGCAUUAAAUCAGCUUUGUUUCAUGUAACUCUAGUAAAUUCUUACUGCUAGCAAUGCUGUCAAGGCAGCUUCUAGGGAAUUUAAUGCCAGACAUGCAAAGAAAAAGAAAAAAUAAGAACUCCCAGAAAGGCUGUCAAGUUGUAAACAUGUUAUGUAGAAGCCUGUGACUUCUCGAAAUACCUAGUUAACAACUGUUGCUGUAAAUCUGGAUAGCUCAUUCAACUGUGAAGUGUCUCAGGCUGUGCUUUACUGUUUCUUAAUCCUAUACAUAUCCUUAACCUACAGCAUGUACUGUAUACAACCCAAGGAGAUGAUCACUGCAGUUGCUGCAUCCUGUCAAAUAAAUUGUUCAGGUACACAAUUGCAAUACAUUUAAUUGCCCCCCCCCCCCUUUCACAAUUCUCAGUUAACCUGCAGCUGCAGAAUCAGGAAGGCAACCAGUUUGCAGUUAACUGAAUGGAAGUCAGGAAGACAGAGAAAGGCACAUUUAGAGCAGUGGAACCUAACGAUGAGAUCCUAAAUAAAAUUCACUCAGGAAUAUGACCCUUUUGAAGAUAAUGGCUGUGCCAAAUUGCAUGCUUAGACAAUGAGGGUCACAGUAGAACAGCACUCUCAUAUGCUUUGGUACUGGUAGAUUUAGGCUUGUAGAAUUAAAAUGGUAUUUAAAACGGCAGAAAGGUUUCAUAGAAGGCAUAGUUAACGCCUAAAUGGAGCCAUUGCUUUACAUACAGUAAUUUUGCUAGUUCAAUAGGUUUAAUGCAGUACCCAAAUGCAUACCUACUUGCAAAUCAAGAAGGGCUGGCCACCUGUUUAGUACCUCUAUCCCUGCAAAUCUGAACUGCUGUAGCCACCUUCUGGAUCCGAGCUGUUUGUAGCUUCUAAUAUGAUAACAGGAACUGUGAAUAUAGCCAUAUGAACUAGAUGCUUAUUUUGUGAAUGGUUCCCAGUCAACAGAGGAUCUGCAUCACUAUUGUCCUUCUUGGAUGAGAAUGAUUUGCUGUGCCCUUGCCUCAAGAAUUCAUACUACUGAAUGUUUUGAGAUAACCAUAACAACUGCUUUGUUUGUUGCGGGAAUCUCAUUGCCCAGUCAUAGGUGUAAUGAAUUAAUUUACUGUUUCUCUGAAGAUAGAUUCCCAUUAAAAACACGUUUCAUAAGAUUAAUUUAUGAUGACACAUAGGUAUUGUUCACUUACUGCUAGUAAUACAGGUAGGUUUAAACAAAUUUUGCUUGCAGAGGGAAGAAUAAAGUAGAAAUUUGAGACAUUUUGUAUUCAGAAUUUUUAAUCUUGUACUGUGAAAAUAAAUUUUGGCUUGCAAGAAAA